UCCUCCUUCGUUCCACUGGUGUCAAUGCUGUUAGCACGGCUUAGUGAAAUGUCAAGCAUGAUCCUCGAGAGCCUCGCCAUCUGCGCAGUGACUUGGUCGCUGUGGAGACUCUUCAGGAAUGUCGUCGUCACAACCCAUCUUGACAACAUCCCGGGGCCGCCGCCGUCGUCGUGGCUUCGAGGCAAUCUACCAGAUAUGUUUGACAGGCAGGGCGAAGCCUUCUAUCGCGACUUGAUUGAGAACUACGCACCGGUGGUGAGACUGCAAGGGGCAUUCGGACGCAAGAUUCUUUAUAUCCAUGAUCCAAGAGCAAUGCAUAGCGUAGUAGUGAAGGACCAAUAUUCAUACGAGCAGCCCGACUGGUUUAUUAAAAGCAAUCUUCUGACGCUCGGCCCCGGGCUGCUAUCUACACUAGGUGACCACCACCGCAAACAGCGGCGCAUGCUCAACCCCAUCUUCUCCAUAAAUCAUAUGCGGCAUAUGAUGCCAAUGUUCUACAACGUCGGGCACAAGCUUCGGCUAGCGAUUGAGCACCGCGUGCGAAGCGCGCCUUCGGAGAUAGACAUGCUCAACUGGAUGGGGCGCACCGCGCUGGAGCUCAUCGGACAGGCGGGCUUGGGACACUCCUUCGACCCUCUCCAGGAAGACGUAACUCCUGACAUCUACGCGGAGGCGAUCAAGGCAUACGUGCCGGCGCUAUACGACCUUUCCGUGUACCGGUGGACGACGCCGUACCUGUCGGUGAUCGGGAGGCCGGCGUUCCGCCGGGCGCUGCUCGAGUGGGUUCCAUGGAAGCGACUGCACAAGCUCAAGGGCGUCGUGGAUAUCAUGCAUCGGCGCGCCACGGAGAUAUAUCGCGAGAAGAAGGCACUCCUCGAUACGGGCGACGAGGCGCUUACUCUCCAAGUUGGCGAAGGCAGGGACCUAAUGAGUAUCCUAUUAAAAGCAAACACGCUUGCCGCUGUUGAGGACCGACUGUCAGAAGAGGAGCUCAUCGGACAAAUGGUGACGAUGACGUUCGCUGCAAUGGACACGACGUCCAACGCGCUCUCGCAGAUCCUGCAUCUCCUCGCGCAGCACCCGGACGUCCAAACCAGAGUCCGGCAAGAAAUCCUUGAAGCACGUCACCGCAGCGACACGCGCGACCUCUCGUACGACGAGCUCUGCGCGCUGCCCUUCCUCGAUGCAAUCUGCCGAGAGACCCUCCGCGUGCAUCCGCCCGCGACGUUCAUUUUCCGCGAGGCGCAGCGCGACAUGAUCCUCCCGCUCUCGGAGCCUAUCCGCGGGCUCGACGGCACGCUGAUGACCGAGAUCCCCGUCCCGAAGGGUACUGUGGUCCACGUCGGCGUUCUAGGCUCGAAUAUGAAUCGGCGGACGUGGGGCGAAGACGCUUGGGAGUGGAAGCCGGAGCGGUGGCUUGCGCCCCUGCCCGAAGCCGUCGCCGAGGCGCACAUACCUGGGGUAUACUCGAACCUGAUGACGUUCAUCGGCGGCGGCCGAGCAUGCAUCGGUUUCAAGUUCUCGCAACUAGAAAUGAAGGUCGUGCUGUCGCUGCUGGUGUCAACCUUCGUCUUCGAAGUAUCCGAUAAGCCGAUUGCAUGGAACAUCUCUGGCAUCCGGUUCCCCACCGUCGGGGUCGACGGCGCGAAGCCGGAACUGCCGCUUAAGGUGUCAGUGUACAGGGGUUCCGUAUGAGCGUCAUGCGUCGCCUACAUCGUCAUGACUGCACGAGGACCGGGAUCCCUAUCAUGCCCCUACCACGAAUCGUCCACCAUUCCUCCCAGAAGACGCGAGUCUUGGCUCGUUGCUAUCGUUUCUCAUAGAUGGUGAAGCUUGGUGUACCAGCGGACGGCAGUAAAUGUCAUAUCCCGCGGCGCCUAGAGCUCUCCUUGAAGCGAGGGGCGCGUUGCGGCGAUGUGCGGAGCCCUUGUGAUCGCUGUCAGUUAUAUUCUCUAUGUUACCGGCUGAGUGUAGUAGUAUGCUUACCAAUCAUAUCUCAUUGUAAUCGCG